GAUUCGUAUGGAAACGGAGAUGCAAACGGUUUGCGCUCAAACCCUGAAAAUGGUUUCAGUGAUCUGUCUUCACUUGCUCAAUCAGAGAAAGCUGUUCAAGAGCUUCUUAUGCAACAGACUCCUAUGCAGGCAACAGACGACCAUCUGAUUGAGUUUUCAGAGGCUAUGAGAACUGUUGCAAAGGCUCUAAGGGGAUCUGCUGAAGGAAAAGCGUUGGCUCAAGCCGAGGCUGCUGAAUGGAAGCGGAGAUAUGAGCUGGAGAGGUCCAAGAACCUUGAGUUGCUUCAUAAAGGUUCUCCAUUUACUUCAAAUGGAGUCUGCGUUGAUGAAUCCAAUAGCCAAGGGAUGGAUCAUUUAGCCAAGUCUCCUCGGCUUCACGUUCAGGACAAUGGGAAGCUGGGAAGGUACUCCAUGGAGCGUAUUUGCUCUCAUGAAGUGCUCCAAGAUGGUGAAUCUAACAGUCCUAACAACAAAUUGAAGAGAAAGGCAUCAUUUAAACUUUCAUGGGGAUGCAAGGGGCAAGCUAAUGAUCAACACAAGAAAGAAAUUGUCUCUUUUGAGAGAGGGAAUAUCACUACAGCAGACCGCAGUAGCAAACAGAUUUCACUGACAUGGGAGACCAAUCCACAAAAUGUGAUUAUUUUCACUAAACCUAAUUCGACUUCUGUACGAGUUCUUUCUGUGGAGAUGGUCAGAUGGUUGAGAGAGCAUAAAGGACUAAAUGUUUACGUUGAGCCACGAGUAAAGGCAGAACUUUUAUCAGAGUCAAGUUCCUUCGACUUUGUACAAACUUGGGAAGAUGACAAAGAGAUUUCACUUCUACACCCAAAGGUUGACCUUGUAAUAACUCUUGGUGGAGAUGGUACAGUUCUAUGGGCAGCAUCGAUGUUCAAAGGACCAGUGCCACCGAUUGUUCCAUUCUCCAUGGGAUCUCUUGGAUUCAUGACUCCUUUCCACAGCGAACAGUACAGAGAAUGUCUUGAAGCGGUUCUGAGAGGUCCAAUAAGUAUAACACUACGACACAGGUUGCAGUGUCACAUCAUCAGAGACAAAGCAAGGCAUGACUACGAGACAGAGGAGACUAUGCUUGUUCUGAACGAAGUCACCAUCGACCGUGGAAUAUCUUCUUACCUCACAAACCUUGAAUGCUACUGCGACAACUCAUUUGUCACGUGUGUGCAAGGCGACGGACUUAUACUCUCUACAACAUCUGGUAGCACCGCGUACUCACUUGCAGCUGGUGGCUCAAUGGUCCAUCCACAGGUUCCGGGGAUCUUGUUCACACCCAUCUGUCCGCAUUCUCUGUCUUUCCGGCCACUGAUAUUACCGGACCACGUGACGGUGAGAGUGCAGGUGCCGUUCAACAGCAGAAGCUCUGCGUGGGUUUCGUUUGAUGGGAAAGGUCGGAAACAGCUUGAAGCAGGGGAUGCACUAGUCUGUAGCAUGGCACCUUGGCCUGUCUCUACGGCUUGCCAGGUCGAAUCAACUAAUGACUUUCUACGUAGCAUCCACGACGGUCUUCACUGGAACCUAAGAAAGACUCAAUCUUCCGACGGCCCUCCGUGA